CUCUCCUGCGCCGCCCAGCCCGGCACCGCCCUCACCGGCGCCCAGCCCGCUGCCCCCCUCGCCUGCGCCGCCCAGCCCGGCACCGCCCUCACCGGCGCCCAGCCCGCUGCCGCCCUUACCUGCACCGCCCAGCCCGGCACCGCCCUCACCGGCGCCCAGCCCGCUGCCACCCUCGCCUGCACCGCCCAGCCCGGCGCCCCCCUCGCCGGCGCCCAGCCCGCUGCCGCCCUCACCUGCACCGCCCAGCCCGGCACCGCCCUCACCGGCGCCCAGCCCGCUGCCACCCUCGCCUGCACCGCCUAGCCCGGCACCGCCCUCGCCGGCGCCCAGCCCGAUGCCGCCCUCGCCUGCGCCGCCCAGCCCGGCACCGCCCUCGCCGGCGCCCAGCCCGCUGCCGCCCUCGCCUGCACCGCCUAGCCCGGCACCGCCCUCGCCGGCGCCCAGCCCGCUGCCGCCCUCGCCUGCGCCGCCCAGCCCGGCUCCGCCCUCGCCGGCGCCUCCCAGCCUCAUUCCACAGCCACCACCUCCUCCCUUUACUAACUGCGUGUACUCUGGAGAUGACAGCGCGCUUCAGGAGGGUGAUCCAACGAACGGCGUCGAAACGUGCACGGACCAGGCUAGCUGUCUGGAUGUGUACGUGGAUAGCAGCACAUGCAGUAUGGUAGGGUACGAUGGCAGCAGCAGCGCUGGCGGCCCUUGGUUGUAUUGCGAAGUUUGCCUGUAUUGGAGCAACAGUCGUGCCAGCUGCGUCAAGCCUACCCAAGACACCAUCAGCCACGUGUGCAUGGGCGACCAGUACUACCCAGUCAUUCCCAGUCCUGAGAGCCCACCGAUAGCCGGUGAUACGCACAAGGUGCAGGACUGGAAUUCAGGUUUGCCAAACCGAUACUGUCAGUGGGCUCGGUGGAACAGCACGAACUUCAGCACGGAGACUGUCCGUUUCACUGUCAAGGAUGGCAGCGGUUCAUGUCGGGAUGUUUCAUCACCACUAUCGGUCACUUUGCGAGGCAUCACAGCAACUUGCCAAGACCCACGCAUGGUGAACGGCACCCUUGCUGGCUGUGGCAAUGGGGACCAAGCGAACGAUUGCCUCUGGUCUUUUGAGGUUCCACGCCCCGGAACGGCUGCUUUCCAAUGCGCUCCAAGUCCGCCCCCAGAGGCUCCGUUGCCCCCAUCUCCACGGCCACCAAGCCAACGACCACCAUCCCCACGACCUCCGAAGCCGUUACCCCCCUCACCACGACCACCAAAGCCGUUGCCACCGCCUACCGCUCUGCCGCAAACCAGCCCGGUGCCGCCCUCGCCAGCACCGCCCAGCCCGGCACCGCCCUCGCCGGCACCCAGCCCGCUGCCGCCCUCGCCUGCGCCGCCCAGCCCGGCACCGCC